UAAAAAACAAACAAAACAACCAUACAAAUGUGAGGAAAAUGCACAGACCCUUUCGUAAAUGUGCAUUGCCACAGUGUUCCGGAUUACGUUUUAAUUUAGUUCAUAAAUUUCCCCGAAGACAGGAGAGACUUCAGCAAUGGCUAGAUGCUAUUGGCAGUACACGCCUGAGUUCCAUACCUCAUGAACGUUUGAAUCUUUUGUGGAUAUGUUGUCGACACUUUCGCGUGGAAGACUAUGUGAAUCCUCAGUCGAAAACCUUGAACAUAGCGGCUGUGCCAAGUUUAAAUCUUCAGAAUUUAAAUGAUUUGGAUAAAUGCCGUCAGGGAGAUGUGGAGAAGGCGACUGUUCUUACAGCUGAAGAAAUCAUAUGGAUGCAAGAAAGCAAGAGCAGAGGACAAUUGGAGCUUUUGAAACGGCACAGCUCAGAUAGCCAUACAAACGUCAUAGGUCCACCGGUAAUCGCAGCAGCAACAUCAGCACCAGCAACCCCAACUACAACCUUGCCGCCCACCGUAGCACUUAAUAAAACUGAACUUGAAACCCCAUAUUGCCAUGGAGGCAUUAGCUCAAAUGUGCCAACUAGUGAUUGUCCCAUUGCCGCUCCGGUUUCAUGCGUUCAUGGGGAGGACACUUGCAGUGACUUCACUUUGUUUCUAGACGAUGGUUAUAUUGAAAUUAACGAUUUCAAGUUGGGUCGAAACUAUGAAUUGAACAGCUUGUGGUUACGUUCCCUAUGCCAUUGUUCGUUAUGCUAUGAUCUUGAGAAUAGUUUGCCAAAGUUGAAUGUCUUUGAACUGCCAAGAGAUGUACAACCUAUAAUGGCCAAUGUAUCGGAUGAGACCACAAAAUUGGAAAUCGUAUGGGAUGAUGGUCAUACCUCUACAUAUGACCUAAAUAAGAUUUAUGAGAAAACCCAACUAAAAAAAUUAUCAAAUCCUCUGCGUAAUCAUGUGCUAUGGACAGCGAAAGAUACAAAAGCUGGUGAAGAUUUUAAGCCAUUGCCAUGCUAUGAUAUUUUAAUGGACAGUAACAUUAUACCCACCGCUCUUAGAAGACUUCAAAAAGUUGGAAUUUUAGUUAUAACAGCCCUACCGAGAUCGGACACCGAUUCCGUAUUGAAACGAACGUUAAUAUCGAAACUAUUCAAUCAUGUCUGGGAUAAUUUGAUAAGUGAGAAACGUUCCCAUUUCUGUGCCACCCACAAUACACCAUACACCAAUUGUACCUUUGAGUCCAUGGAUAAAGGUCUACAAAUGCUCACUGUGCCAUAUCACAAAGAAAAUAUCAAAAUUAAGUUAUGUUUAGUCGACGGUUUCUAUGCCGCCUCCCAAUUGCAACAUCUACACAAGGUAUCUUAUGAUUUUUUAACGCAAUACGUUAUGGAAUAUUCGUUUAAGGAUAAACAGGGAUAUUGUCACAAAACAAAAGAGACCGUUAUUAACAUUAAGGAUAGCUGUGAACGCGUUUUGUUCUCACCCUAUCAUUUGGAGGAUGUUAAGGCGCAAGACUUUGAUAUGAUAGCCAAUCAUUCCAAGAAUUUCAAUGAUAUAUUGAAAUGUUCCGAAAAUCAAUGGCAUAUUGAUUUGGAUUCCGAAAUGUUGAUCAUUUUGGAUAAUUUUCGCAUAUGCUGGUGCAUUACCGAGCAGCAGGCAGAUAAUGAAUUGAACUGCUUCUAUAUGGAAAGAAGGCAUUAUGUAAGCAGUUUACACCAGUUGAAGCAGUGAUUUGUUUAUAUGCAAUCAAAUCCCAUUUGAAGUUCCUAUAUAUAUAUAUACACUCACAUUUAUAUAUACAUCUAUUAUAUAACAUCGGAGGUUCCUAUUAAAAUGUAAGCCUAAACUCUGUUGUUGUCGUCAACUUUUCAACCAAGUUAAAGUGCCACACAACAGAAUAAUUUUUAAACAGUAAGCUAAACGAUAAUGUUCCUAAUACCCUAGUUUGAUGUUCCUAUUUUAUAAAAGCUCAAGCUUGACAAGUGUAAUAUUUUUAAAAAAGCAUAUUUAAUAAACUUUUAUCGAUGUUCCUAUUUACAAUAGCUGAAAACAAAA